UGUGUCUUGCAGAUCGUGGACCCUUUUCAGGUUCUCGUGGCAGCCAACAAGGCCGUUCAUCUGCACAAGAUUGGGAAAAUGAAGACCAGAACUCUCUACACAGAAAUUAUUUUCAACCUUUCACCAAACAAUAAUAUUUCAGAUGCUUUGAAGAAAUUUGGCAUUUCAGACAGCGACACAGCAGUACUCAUUGUUCUGAUUGUGGACACAGAAAAACCUGUUAACCUGGAAGAGGUAGCAUCUCAAGUAGAAGGCCAGCAGGUUUCUCUAGAUGAACUCCCCCAGCUGACAGACAUUGAAAAAGUUAAAAAGAUAUACAAAAUUACUCCACAGGAAGAGAAAAUCGGCACCUUAUUGGAUAGCAUUGUUUGCAGAAUGGCAACAAAAGAUGUUUUAUGA